AUGCUUCCGAGGCCGAGCCAGAGAAGCAUCUUCCACCUCGGGGAGGAGGGUGUCGACGACCACCGCGGCUCCGACGAGCAAGUCAAGAACACCGAUACUACACGUACCCUCGCAGGGCGCCGCGACCACUGGCGUCAACUGCGAAAGCAAGACUCCGCCGUCGAUGCGGUGGUCGGCGUCGGGCUGCAGAUCCUGGUCCAGAACCUCCACCAGACGCUAGCGCCGCCGCACUCGCAUAUCGUCCUGAAGCAGGUGGUGGUCCUGCCGACGACGGUGGCACGCCACCGCCGUGGACCGGGCAGCAGCUUCUUGAGCGCCUGCUCCCGCUGCAGGAGGGAGCUCAGCAGCAGCAAGGACGUGUACAUGUACAGAGGCGACCAGGGAUUCUGCAGCGAGGAGUGCCGGUGUCAGCAGAUCUUGGCAGACGAGGCGACGGAGCGUGAAGCCAUGAUCAAGAAGGAGCGCAUGCGGCGAGGGUUGCCUCACCAUCUCCACCACGGGCCACGGUCGGCAAUGGGGGCGAUCGGUGGUGCGUCGAGGAGACUAGUUGCAAUAGCCUACUAG